GGAGCGCAGAGCGCGACUCUCCACCGGUGACUCCAGUGCGUCCUGCCGAGUCUAUGCGCGUCUGCUGACCUGGACACGCUUUACCUUCCGUGUUUUAUUUUUAUCUAACGCUUUACAUUAAACAGAUGCUGUGGUGACAGAGACACGGGGGAGUUCUUGUUCUUGCGUCUUCAAUGGAAAUUUAGCGUUAAGGUGAAUGAAACUCUGCGUAAUUACCUGACAAAAGCGAAGAUGUUUCGAGAUGUACGGGAAUAGCGUCGUUUAAUCGACCCUGACACGAGCGAAAGUGUGAAGAAACUUAUGUUUCUGUUUUACUGACAUUAAAGCGUUAUGGCAUCUUUAUGGUGGAGACAGACGCUGCUCUUCUUGGUAAUCGCAGCAAAUCUGUCUGUGCUUACCUCAGCAUGCAGCAACAACUAUGAAUACGCCAUUGAGGAAUUUUGCCUGGCCAAGUUCAAGCUGGAUAUGGAGCUUCUUGACCAGCAUCAGUGGUGCAUCUGGGACGACACCGUUGAGUCCUACGGGGAACUGACGAACUGCACGUUCCUGGUGGCUCUGAAAAUGAACUGUUUCUGGCCCAACAGCCUGGUGGAUGAGUUUUUCAUUCGGGUGCACCGGCACUACUUCCAUGACUGCUCGUUGACUGGACGACUGCUUCACGACCCACCCAAUCGGAUCCUGGGGCCGUUUAUCGUGGUGCCCAUACUGGUGACACUUCUCAUGACAGCUCUAGUUGUGUGGAGGAGUAAACGCAGCGAGGGAAUCGUAUAAGUCUGCAGCUGUUAACCAAGUGACCCCACGCUGAACAAGUGAUGAUGGACAGACUGAACAAUAGGAAUGAGUUUGUCUUGUUUGGAUAUUGAACUAUAGAACACUAACACUUGUGUCAUGGACAAACAGGUAACACACCAGUCAUUUGUGGUGACAUUUUUCAUAAGGCAGUUUUUGAUUAAAUAUCACCAGUCUGAUGGUGGAUAAACAUUACCUAUGGAUGAAAAACAAGGAAGACGGCGCUAUUCAUGUGUUUAUUUGGCGUAUCUUUGCUGGUUUUGUGAUUACUGGACAUUUUAUUUAUUUCAUUUUAUUUCAUGCAUCAACCUCCGUACAUUUCACAGUCGUUAUAAGUUUUUGUUACACUUUUUGCCAAAUGAUGACAGCAGUAGAAAGGAAUAAUAUUAUGAUUCAGUCAUGAUCCUUAUUAUGUACAUAUGUAUCAAGUAAUUAAAAGCCUUAAUGUAUUGUUAUCUUUUAUCAAUGGGUUUUAAUAUAUCAAUUCUUAUUAGAUACAGCAGCACAAAAAAUUAAGAGACCAUUGAAAAAUCUAAAUGUGCUAUUUAUAGCUAUGUAUGUUAAAAUGUAUCAUUUUUUGUUUUAUUAUGUGAACUACUAACAAUAAUUUUAAAUACAAAUAUUUUUUCUAUUUGCAUUUAUUUGCAGAAAAUGAAAACGGGUGAAGCAUGUCAAAUAAGGAAAAAAGAUGCUCCGUUUUAUUUCAGACCUAGUUCAUAAUUACUUUGAAGCUCUUGCAUUACAGUUUCAUGUGUCUGUCAUGCCGUCAGUCUUUCACAUUGCUGUUAAAUGAUUUUAUGUUACUCCUGAGGUUUGAUUUUACUGAAAUUCAACGGACGCUGGACUGAAAUGGUCACAAUUGAAAUGCUUAUUAAAUGAAAAUUUGGAAUGGUCUCUUAAUUUUUCCUGCGAAUGUAUAUGACUAAAUUAAAUGUUACAAUAACAGACUCAAGCACUUCAAAAACUAAUAAGCUGCCUACUGAUACAUGUAAAGGGGAACUUUGUACUUGAAACCUGCUUAACAAAUGUUGUAUGAUUCACAGAUAAGAGCAUCCCCAAGGUCAUUGUAAAAAGCUCAGUGAAAGACCUUAACCAAGAGAAAUGUUGAUUAUUAUUUAUAAAUUAUAUUGAAUAAUAGAUGGAAUACUAACCUAAAAAAAGUUCAAUCUAAUUGAUAUUGGACUGUUGUAUCCAGUAUUUUGUAUUCUGUUUAUUGUAUGUGCAUAUACAGGUAUACUGCAUAUAUUAACAUGUAAUGUAUGAGUUUAGUCUCAUAUAAAAUGUAGAUUUGUACACAGCAUCCCUGUUCAUACAGGUCCAGUGGAUCUUAACGUUUUUGAGUUUAAGGCUGUACAAUUAUUAAGGUAUUUUAUUUAGACGACCAGUCAAAAUUUUGGAAACACUUUAGUGAAAUGUUUCAAAUAAUCCUACAAACCUUUUAAUCUCAAGAUGUAUGCUUAUUGUUUAAAAUUGCUUUUAAUUGUUGUUUCUGACCCAAUAAUAAAGUAUAAGCAGCUUAUAAGUAGGUGGAACUCCUCUCAAUACGGUUCCCAGGUGGAGAUCUUAAGAAGCUAUGAUUCAAUAUUUGAAGGCAUCAUUUAUAUUAUUUAAUAAUAAAUAGUCAAGUUUGGUAUAACUAAUAACAAUAACCAAACAUCAAGAAUUAUCUUGGUUUAUAGUUUUUUCAGUUGGUAGUUGUUUUUUUGUCAUUUUAAAUCACCUUGAGACCCCCUAUGAGGUUUUUCUAAUCCCCUGUUGAGAAACACUGCAUUCAUCACAAUAUUGUACAAAAAACAUUAUAUUUGUUAAACUGCUUUAAAACACAAAGAAUGUACAUUACAUAAUUAAAUAAUAUUUCAACUUUUCCCUCA